AUAUUCUUGGCUUUUGUUCCUCGUUAUUAAUGAAUUACAUUGAUAAAUACAGAACAAGUGAUAUUCACGACGUUGUAGAAAUCCGUCGUCGUCCUGAAACAGGCUUUGACCCAGAGCCGGACACUUUGGCUAGAUCCAUGCUCCGUGCCAUUGAAAAAUGGCCCAAUGAACCCGCUCUGGUAAGCAAAGAGAAGAAGGUGUACACCUUCAUGGAGUACUAUAAGCAAUCUGUAAGAUUUUCGAAGGCUGCAACAAAACUUGGUUUGAGUACAGCCUCGACUUGUGGUGUUAUUGGUUUUAACUCUCCUGAGUACUUUUUCACCCUUUACGGCUGCUGGCUCAUCGGAGCCGUUCCCGUGGGUAUCUACACUACCAACGCUCCCGAGGCGUGUCAUUAUAAUCUCUUCCACUCGGAGGCGCAGAUGUGUGUGUGCCAGGGCGGAAAGCAGGCUGAGAAGAUCUUCUCCAUUCGCGACCAACUUCCGAAUCUGAAGGCGAUCGUCGUGUACUGGCCAGAAGAAGGCAUGCCAGCGAAGGUGGAGAACGACCGCGUGGCGCUGUAUACCUGGGACGAGUGGCUGGAGACGGGGAACGAGAUCAGCGACGAAACGAUCGUGGAAAAGGCGAAAAACGUGGAACCCGGCAGCUGCGCGACGCUGAUCUACACGAGUGGCACGACCGGCGACCCGAAGGGCGCGAUGAUCAGCCACGAUUCGUGCACGUUCCAGUGCGAAGGGAUUCGGAUUCGGAUCGGUCUGGACCACCACGAUCGCUACACGUCCUUCCUGCCGCUGAAUCACAUCGCGGCGCAGUACGUGGACGCGAUGGUGCCGGUGUUCAACAACGUCUGCGUGUACAUCUGCGACACCAACGCGCUGAAGGGCACGCUGGUCAACACGCUGCAGGACGCGCAGCCCACCGUCAGCGUCGCCGUGCCGCGCCUCUACGAGAAAAUGCAGGCCAAGAUCCAGAGCACGAUCGACCAGGCCACCGGCUUCAAACGCAAGCUGAUCGACUGGGCCAUGCGCGUAGGCUACGCGAGCUGCAUGUCGCGGCAGUUCGGCCAGACGCACUACCGGCCGUGGGGCUACUGGCUCGCGGACCGCCUGGUCUUCCAGAGCAUUCGGGACAAGCUGGGGUUCGGGCAGUGCCGAGGACUGGUGGUCAGCGCCGCGCCGGUGAACAUCGAGACGCUCCGGUUCUUCGCGAAGUUCGACAUCCCCAUCUACGAUCUGCUGGGGCAGAGCGAGGGCUGCGCGCCGUUCGCGACGAACUCGUACGUGGAGCAGCUGUGGAAGCUGGGCUCCGGCGGGAAGCCGAUGCCCGGCGUGACGGUCCGCAUCGGAGACAUGGACGAGCUGCAGUACUGCGGACGCAACGUGAUGAUGGGGUACCUCAAGAUGCCGGAGCAGACGAAGGAGACGCUGGACGAGGACGGGUGGAUCCACACGGGCGACCAAGGACGCAUCGACGAGGACGGGUUCGUGUAUCUCACCGGGCGAAUCAAGGAGCUCAUCGUGACCAGCGGCGGCGAGAACGUGCCGCCCGUGGCCAUCGAGAACAAGCUCACCGAGCUGCUGCCCGAGGUGAGCAACGCCAUCGUGGUGGGCGACCGCAAGAAUUACCUCGCGUGCAUGUUCUGCUUGAAGACCGAGACCGAUCCCGCCACCGGCGAACCCACCUCCGUGCUCGCGCCCGACGUGCUGGCGAAGUCCAAGGAGCUCGGGAGCGAGGCCACGACGUGCGAGCAGGCCGCGAAGGACGAGGCGUGGCACACCUACUUGGGAACGGGAGUGGAGAAGUACAAUAAGGAGUUCGCGGUGAGCAAUGCCCAGACCAUCCGGAAGUGGAUCGUGCUGGAUCGGGACAUCUCACUGGAGAGAGGAGAGCUCACGGCCACGAUGAAGAUGAAGAGAAACGUGGUUCUGCGACAUUGCGAAAAGGAAAUCUCGGAAAUGUAUAUGUGAGCCGAGGGUUCAGUGAGA